UGCUUACCGGUGGUCUUUUUUUUCCCUUUGACCCUCGAUCAGAGGAUGUGAACAACGGUCGAAAAGCUUGGUUUAUGUCGAGCAGAAAGACAGCGCAAGCCUCGUCCCUUAACCCCUGAGCAAGACAUCAGCAUUAUGCAGCACGACAGGACCCCUCUCCCGCAGCAGCCAGACCAUGCAGGGCUCGAGUACAUAGACCACGGCGGCCUCGAGGUCGCCGAGCGCGCCGACGCACCGGAGGUCUUGCCAGUCUAUCCCACCCACGCUACAAACAACAACAGCAGCAGCAAUAACAACACCCCUCCCGUCUUCGGCUACCCACCCGGCCAUGGCCCGGCAAACGCACAUUGGGAUCAGAGGAGCGUCUCUGGGAAUACGUACUCGACCAGCCCUCCGCCAAGCUCGUUCGCCUACCCGCCACUCCUCGCGAAUUCUGGUGGCGGCAAAGCGAGCUGCGACUUGAAGGAAGCGGCGGUCAGUCCGCCGCCGCCGCCGCCAAGGAAGCUCGUUUGCGGGAUAAAUAAAUCCCUGUUUUUCAUUCUCAUGGCCAUUGCCGGAUUUAUCCUCGUGCUGGCCACCGCAUUGGGGGUAGGACUCGGUCUUGGCCUUCGCCAGCCCAGCUCUGCCAACGCACCAGCCAGUCCCGCCAGCACGUCGUCCCGCACGGCGGCCCCGACAAGGACGACUUACCCGACCCCGAGGGCGACGGUGGCCAUCGCGCCGAACCUCGCCAUCGAGUGCCCGGGCAACAACGAGACGCUCUACCAGUCGCAGGAGGGUGGGGACGGCGGUGGCCGCAAGUUCCUCCUCCUCUGCGACCGCGACUACAGCAGCGCCAGUAGUAACGCCGUCGACCUCUUCAGCAAGGUGACGUACAGCUUCGCCGAGUGCAUCGACACGUGCGCCGCCAACGCGGCCUGCAAGGCCGUCGGCUGGGGCACCUUCAACGGCAAGCCCACCUGCUGGCUCAAGAGCGAGAUCGUGAACCCUCACCCGGCCGCGGGGUGGUACUUUGCGGUCGGGGAGGAGGUACUGCGCAGUGCGUAGCAGAGGAAGAGAAGCCAGCUGUGACCAGGAUGUGGGCGCUCUUGUACGCGGAUGCUGCAUUACGGUUUUGUAAUAAGAGGAUGAUGUGUUGAUAUUUAUUCAAACCGGCCGGUAUUGAGCAAUCCCAACCUGGGCCCGGAGCGGUCAGAGGCAACCACCCAAAACCAUCUAUCUAUUCACCAUCUGCCACCCUGCACAAUGAACAAAAAAAAGUAACACUCGCCGUGCAGGUCCAUCACUUCCUCAGCU